CACAAGUGUCAAACGAGAUAUCGCCGUGAGUGGACGGCUAUGUAAUUUUUAAUUAAAAUUAUGAAAAUAUAAACGAAACAUCAAUCAAUUUGCAUUUUAAAUUAACAAUCUGGUUGAACACCAUUGAUAUGGUUUGAAAAACAAUUUUUAUCAGUGGAGUGGAGCAAGACAAACGUGCAAAAUGGCUAAGGAAAUGAUGAUAGUGUUUGUGUAUGACACACUAUGCUGUACAUCAGAGGAAGAUGAUCCCAUCAAUGCGGUGCUUUACUUCCAUCCAGGAUGGGUGUCCGACACACAGCGACAUGCCCUCGCUGGACAGGUGGUAGGUGCAGCACAUUGCAUCAAGACGCUAUUCUCGCAGCCGGUAGCCAUCACGCUGCAGAGCGGCAAGUUUAUCAUCAGGGAGUACGGCAGAUACAUACUCGCAAUAGGCAGUGACCGAAACAUCCCCGACUGGGUGUUAAAAAACCGCGCCAACCUGCUGACCUCCAUGAUAAAAGUCUACCACGGUGACCUGCAAGUCCUCGCCAGUCAGAUGGAAGAUCAGAAGCGAUUGUCAGAGAAACUGUACCAAGUCUUUGAGACUUAUUUACCGGUGCUGCAGUAUGGCUGUCAUAUAUUUCAAAGGGUGCCUAUGUUGACGCUGCCGAAGAGUGCUACAUCUGUUUAUAUGGAAUCCAUGCAAAUACUGGAACACUGUAGGAAAAGCAAGGGCGUGCUGGGCGGCGUUAUACUUUACAAUAAUAAAAUAAUCUCGACGCAACUGCCUCCAGGCCUGACAUCCUACCUGACCGUAGUAGACCCCUACAGGAUAAAGUCUCCAGCCGAGACCUUGGACACAGAGACACCCUUGCCUCUUGGUGCUCAACUACUGGUGGUCUACGUCGGGAAGAAACUGUACGACAGCUUGAAGAAGCAGGUGGAAAAGAUCCAGGAGUUCCACAGCAAUGGGGAGGAAAUGAUUGCUAGGUUUAAAAAGAAUCAAGAAGCGGAACGUGAAAAACAACGAGAGUUCCCCCAAACUGGAAUGAAGAGAGACAAGUCUCUACUCUUCACCGCCGUCCCCGAGGAAGAUCACACCAUGAUAUCUCCCCCAAGCCGGGAGGAACGAAACCCCGACAUUGAGAGGAAACCCCCAACUAUGCCGGACGUAGUCCCCUUCACAAAUAAACCAAGACAACGACCAACGAAGCUUUCUCUCAGCUUCAAAAACCAAAAAUCUCUAGACGAAGAACUACAAGAAAAUGACAAAGUCUUUACAGGACAAACUAGUGUUUGUUCCACGCCCAUGGUCGAAUAUAAGCGACUGCACGGCAAUAUUCUCUCCAUCUGCCAAAUACCAGAAAGCCAACAGGAUAACGACAAAACAGAUUUAGAACCAGACGUACUCAAAAAUAUAGAAGAUACCAACAGAAUUAAUCUUGAAAACGAGAAACGGGACAACAAAAUGGUUUUGGACAUCAACUGUAUUGCCGACCAUUAUAUCAAUAAGCCUGAACCGAUAAGAAAGCUGGCCAGUGUCACAGAUCUACAGGAAACUAUUAAAAAGUUAUCGAACCGCGCGACUUCCAAAUUCAAAUUGAAACGGUCGAAAGUCUCCCUGAAUGAUGAUACUCCGUCCCCCGAACAUACUCCUAAGAACCCUAGCACUAUGACCAUAAACGAUCCUCUUUUCCCAGUGUUCAGAAACGACGGUGUUGCCAUAUCAGAGUCCCUUUUCAACCAGUACUUAGAACAGCACUAUUCGAAAAUGAAACAGGAUUCCAACGACAAUAUGUUUACAUUCAACAUGAAGUUAUGUGAACAGGAGAAGUUCGAAGAUUUCGAUUCGGAACUCAACCGGUCUCCUCAAAGGACUCCUAAGCAUAUAGCUAAAGAUUCGUCAAAGACGUUGCCAACGGAUCAGUCUAGGAGGAAAUCUUUAUCUUUACCUUUGAAGUCCCUAAACGAGAGUACAGACUCCCAGAUUAGUUCUGAGACUGAGGCUACGAAUUUUAAGAAGAAAUUGACUGGAGUACAACUGACGCCUUUGAUGGAGAAACUGAGUCAUUUGGCGUUUUCUGACAAGUCUAGUGGGUAUAGUAGUCGGGUGAUGACGCCGUUGGAACUGCGAGAGUUUUUGACGCCGGCUGCUGAGAGACAAAUCACUUUUACUGAUAGACCAAAAGCGCAGCGGCAAGACUCCGAAAGCGACGACGAUUCGGACGCGGAUCUAGAGAUACUACCGGAGUACAGCAAGCACGCAGUCAAGUGUGCGCUGUUCGUUAGCGGCCUGCAUAACAUGGCGCUGUUGGCGCUUAUCGAUACUGAGGCUGCUAAUAAUGUCGAUACUAUCAAUACUUUGUGGGAAACCUCCCUAAACGCGCUAGGCCCUAUAGAACAAAAAUGCAUGGAGCCGUUAGCAGCCGUAGGCGACGCGACGGACUACAGCUACCUGACGCUGGACCCCGACUGGGGCACGGUGCGCAAGGGCGGGCCUUGGGCCGCGCUCGACAUCGCCACCAUGGGCCUCAUACACAACGAGUUCGCUGACGACCCUGAGAUGUCAGAGUUUAUAUUGAGGAGUGACGAGAGCGUAGUAGUAGGCUCAGCAUGCGGCGGAGCUCAGGUAUACUACCAGGAGCGCGGGUCCCGCGUGGCGGGCCCGCCGCUGCCCUCCGACGCGCUCGCCGCCGCACCACUGCGGGCGCGGCGCCGGCUGCACCGGGACCACGCCACGCUGCUACUAUAAGGACUUACGAAGCUUGGACUACCUAAUACAGGUAGGUAUCCAUCGUAAACACGGCUGAAGAUUUUGGAAAGCCAUAAAAAUCAGUAUGGUUAGAUAGAUAUUCUACAGAAUGGACUGUUUUUUGGUGGGAAAUCGUCAAAUGACCACCCUCUGAGGGAAAGUCACACAAGAUUAUUACUAACUGAAACCCACCAUGUUUCUUCGGGAGCCCUCUAUGAGCUAGGGCCGCGGUAACUUUAAAACAAUCCCGCAGAAAGAAAGGACACUUCCCUUCUAUCUUUCUAGGGAAUUGAUGGGAUUGUUAUGACAAACUGAGAAGUAGUAAGGCCAUGUUCCCACUGCGCCGGACCGGCAGAUCUGCCGAAAACCGGACACCGGACAGAGUGUUCACAUUACAUCGGAUUACGGGAAGAAAUUCAGACAGUGCUUCAGUUGAAUUUGGACCUGCGCUUAAAAUGGACGACGAAAUUGUUGUGUUGUGGUGGUAUCUUAAUAGAAGGCAAAAUCAAAGAAAACAUUGGGUACACCCUAUUUUACGGGAAGAUUAUUUUUCACUUGGAACACUUGAAACACUAAUGGGUAAACUUAGAAGAGACGAAUGAAAGUUCUUCAAUUAUUUUCGAAUGACAGCAACCACUUUUGAUGAUUUACUGGGACGACUAGACAUAAGAGUACGAGAUACAAGUUUCAAAGAAUGUAUUUGCCCAGAACAAAUGUUUGGCCCGGUCGUUCUGCCGGCAAUUCGUAGUGACAAAACUCUCGGUAAAAAUGCCGGGCCCGGCAAAAAUGCCGGACCCUUGAUAAUGUGAAUAGCUUCAUAUAAAUUGUACAGCCACUAGCCCUUCCGGCAGAUUUACCGGAGCGGCUGAUCUGCCGGUCCGGCGUAGUGGGAACCUGGCCUAAGGGGUAAAUUAAGUCGUUGGAUAAAUAAGUGUUGUAAACAGGUAUAGUGAAGAAUUUGUAUGAGUUUUAUAGAAUUGAUGUUGUGUACAGAUAAUACUCAAUGAAAACUGAAACGCAAUUUUAGUACAUUCCAGUAAUUGAGAACGUAUUUGUGUAGGAAAGUCAGGAACAUUGUAUGAUAACCAGGAAGAAACUACUAACUAAGAACGUUACUUACAGAAGGAUAGAUUAUCUACUCUGUUAUUUAACGAUAAUUUAAUCUAUUUGUAGCCAUUUAGAGUUCUCCAAACAAUAUCACAUAUCUUAUCCCGUUAUAUUUAAGAAGCUAUCAAUUUAUGUACCUACACAGUACCAAAUAAUGUACCCUGUACCAAAUACCAUUUGUUGAAACUAUCAAGUCAGUUUUAUCUUUGUUAUACUUACCUACUUAUUUUAUUAUUUGAAAUCCAUAUGAAUCGAAGUUAUUUUUGUAUUAGCACCUAAGUUAAUAAGUACAUUAUUUUGUGAUAUCUUGAUAUUGUUUUGUAUCACAACGUUAGAAUUUAUUUUCAUAAUCUAGUACUCAUCUAGAAAAUAUAAUUUAUUAUAAUUUUUUACAUGAAAUGAAAACUAUACAUUGCAUUUUCAUAAUCGAUGGAAUUCAAAUUAGAAUGUUACCCGCGUAAAGUGCUUGUAAAUAUUGCCAAAUUGUUGUCUAAACGUAAGAGUAAUUAGUUUUAUGGGUGUCACUGGUGUCUGUAUUAUGAAGUAUUUGUUGUAGGUUUAUACAAGAACGCUUAUUUUCAUGAAGAUACAUAACAGUGCAGCUUUGCUAAGUCCCGUUUGCACUAAUAUCUAUGACCGAUUGAACCGAGAUUUCUCUACAGAAAUUGGGAAAGUUGUUACACUAGUAGAAAUAGUGAAAUGAAUUAUUAGAUAUUGCUAGAUUUUCUUUCAAAAGUACAUUGCAAUAUUCCGAUAAUAUGAGUAGAAAGAUCAACUUAAUUGCUUUUACGGGUUUAGAAAUAACCUCUAGGGUUAUUUAGGUCCAUCUAUAAAAAUAUACCUUCCUAGCUAAUAAUUCUAGCAGUAGUUUAUAUCUGCAUCGUAGACUUAAUUAUUUCGAGCUCAUUCUAUUCUUGCCACUAGAAAUAAGUUUGGCCAACUCUAGUUUAGUGUUGCUAUAGAGAAAGGUGUUGCCAAAUUGAUAUUUAUUUUCAUAGACAGCUGAAAAUCUAGUCCUUCCAGAUAACUUGUAGUGUUGACUUUUUUAAAACAGCUUGUAAGCUGUAGAGGAAUCCUUUGUAAUGUGACGGUCCGUUAGAAUUUUGUGGUAGACAUUUAUUUGGAAGUCCCCAUAUGGUCAUAAAUUAGCGGUACCAAAUCUGACAUACCAUUGAAUUGAAUUGUUUGAUGAUUUUUCUUUUCAAGAGUAUUAUUCAUUCAGUUGGGGAUCGCCGCAUUUACCUAACGAGGUGCUUAUUGAUUUAUUAGCUCAUUUUGAGCUCAAACACAGUUUGCUGAAUUCUAACGGACUGUUAAUAAAUCAUUCAAGUAGAGAAAGGCUGUUGCAGCUGUACUUAUAUUUUCUAUACGUUUUCUAACUGAUCCAUUUAGCGUCUAUUUCCAGCUUAGCUCUAAGUAUAUAUUGUUGUAAUGUUGCUUGCCAAGUACCUAAAGUGUACUCUUAUUUUAACAGUAUUAUAUUUAUGCAUUCCAGAUGUUUGAAGCAACUGUUAUGAUUUGAAGCCGCAAUAUUGAAAAUAGAUUUCCCUUUUUUAUUACUUUAUACAAACCACACCACUUUUUCUAAACCUACUUUAUGUAGAUAUAGUAAGUUCAACUCAGUCGUGCGCGCGGCCUUUUGUGUGGGUAAUCCUUGUACAUAUACAGUGACUUUGUGUGCGUGACAAGAGGUACAGUCAGGUACAAAUACAGUUAUUUCGGGGUUGUAUACAGGUGUUUAAGAAAAAUAGUUAUAACGUAAUUUAGUGUUAAUCUUUUUAUAAUGAUUCUGAAUCGCCACUUGAAAAAUCAAAUGAUGAAUUUUUGGAUUCGCUACUUUCCAAGGUGAAUUAUAAAUUCUGACUCCAUGUCAAAAUGUCUAUAGUAUUCUUCUUUAUUCUUUUGUACAUGUCGACAAAUAUUACCCCACAUCCCUUAAUCAAUUUGAUUUAAACGUUCAUUUAUGAGUUUCAUUAUUUCCGUCUUAUUUUGGUCGACAUUAUGCGAAGCAAUAUAAUUUUUUAAAAUUCCCCACACAUUUUGUUUACAUUAUUAUACACGAUUACGUUUUUUUUUUUUUACAUUCUUAGUCCACACUUUUAUUUAUUGUCCGCGUACCCCGAGCUAGAAAAUAUGUAAGGAGUAUUUAAUUCAUCUUAGAUAUUUCACGUCAUUUAUUUCUUAGACACUGUCAAUGUCAAUUUGAAAAGACGUAUGAGAAAAUAAUGAAAAACUGUAAAAUGUUAUAAUAAAAAGCUUUGAAUGUUUCAUUUUUUGAAACGCUACCUGACUCCUUUGAAACAUUUUCUCCGUGAAGAACUAGACAUUUUCGUAAACGACUGUACCCAUAACAAAAAGCGAUGAGAACACGUCAUGCUCGGACGACGUCACUGUCACACGAAUGAAAGUUGUAUAUUUACAAGCCGACGCACACAUAGGGCCGCGCGCAAAUCUGAGUUGAACUAUCUAUACCUAUUUGCCAAGUUAGUAAGUCUGACUCAUAUCAAGACCAUUGAUCUUGAUUUAAUUGGUUGCACUAAGUUUAGAAACUGUUUUAUGCAUAUCUUGAACGAUCCCAUUCCAAGUAAUAAGCGGCUUCAAAUCAGAAUUGCAAUAUUUGAUCACAUUCCACGUCCCGUAGCUUUAAGUAACACAAUUCCGCCAUUAUUGAAAUCGCGUCCAAUGCAAAAUGCUAAACAAAAGAUCAUACGUUGCCAUGUAUUGUUUUUUAAUGUUAUUUGUAUAUUUUACGAGUAUUUAAGUUUAUUAGCGGUUAGCGUAGUCGCCAUGGUGAGUGCCAAUACGACACAAUAUGUGGUAUAUUUAUAAUAAUUAUACAUAAAUAAUUGUUAAGAAUUUUAAUAAAAAUCUGAUAGUGAGA